AUGGUUUUUGUUUCUCUUUGUGCAGUUGCAUUGGAAAAUAACGAGGACAAAGAUGGCGUCUAUGCGGUGAUGCGGAAAGUCCUCGGAUCGGAUGCAUCUUCAGAAAAGCUUGUCAAACUUGUUCGCGGCGCAAAAUGGGCGACCGGUCUCGUAUCGCUCUUGUUGAAGACACGCCCAGCAUCCCGUCAGCUUUUACGCCCGGCUAAGCGACUGUUCUGUGGAUAA